AUGGAGGUGAAAGACUCCGCACUGACAACAGAUAAGCAGGGUCAAGGAACAGCCGACGGCAAGAAACCGGCUAUUGAGCAUCGAAUUGGGAUGCAGGACAAAGACCGAAUGGGUGCCGUUAUCAACUCUACAACGCUGCCCGUGCAAUCAACGGACGAAGAACCAGAGAAAGACGAAGCUGAAGAGAAUCGGAACUCAGAGUUUGAAAGAACACGGGUCUGCACACCCGGACAUUCACUAAGUCAAGCUCAUGUCAACGCUAUCCGAGGGCAGCCUCCUCCAAUCGAGCUGCCAUUCGCUAUGGAAGACAACACUGGCGAUAUUGACACGCCGGAAUUGCAGAUGGACCUAUCAAAAACAUUUAAGAACUCCGAAUACUUCAAUAGCCCUUUGUUAGCGCCCCGAUCGAAUUGCAACAUUAGACCUACCAGCGGGGAAAUCUCCUCGCUGAUGCGCGCUGAGCUCAAUCAGCUCUACUUUGAUCGAGCUCACAUCUUUGUCUCGAUGUUGCAGCAGCGCCGAUACCUUCGAAGGUCAAAGGACCCAUCACCGACUACGUCAUUCCAGUGUCUUCAGCAUGCAGUAUGGACAAUUGCUGGCACAGUCUCGUCACAGUUCCAGCACUUAUGUGACGGCCUUUAUCAUGAGACAUUGGAAUGCUUACACGCCCUGAACACCAACGAUUUGCAUGGAGGCAGCACCGCAGUGCAUGACGGUGACGAAGUCGGGCUGCUCGAUCAAAUCCAGACGUGGAUACUCGUUGCGGCAUACGAGUUUAUGCGCUUUGGGCCACGACGAUUUUGCCGCGCAUGGACUAGCGUUCGACGUGCCAUUCAACUUGUACAACACAUGCGUCUUGGUGAAAUGGACUCUGAUACUAGCUUCGAUGCUGCUGCAGGGGCAAGCCGCACGGCCAACAUGACAGAUCCAAACGCAGUCGUGGAGAAAGAGGAGAAACGACGCACCUUUUGGAUGGCAUUUUGCCUUGAUCGGUUUACUGCAGCCGUGGAGGGGUUUCCUAUGACGUUGAGUGAGAUGAUUUCAACCCGACUACCAUGUCCAGAAGAGGCAUUCCAGAGUGCCACUCCUGUAGUCACUCCGCUCCUAUCCCAACUCAUGGCCGACAAUGCUGUCCCUUCAACACCAUUGACACCGUGGGUAGAGUGUAUAGUGUUCACCACUCUGUGGGGGCGGGUCCUCCAUCAUUACCAACAAGCUUCCAGUGAGACCGCCUGCGGGGGUAUUGGGCAAGAGUUUUGUGAGAAUCAGUCUAAACUCGACAAUUUGGUCGAUCACUGGACUUGGAUCUUCCAGCAGAGCCAUCCGCCCUCAUCGCCCAGGGUUGACUCAAUGCGUUUGUUCGCAGGCAUGAUUGUCCAAGCUGUCGCCCUAUCCCGAGCCAUGGAUGCCAACUUCAUCUCUGACGCUGCUCCAGCGGAGUAUGCCAAGCUGGAAAUGAACUGUAGCCAGCGAGUUCACGAAGCAGCCAGGAGCAUCGCAUGCCUGGCUGGGGAACUGAGGCAUUUUAUUUUUUUCAAGGUCUGUAGGCCCUCCUUGAGCACAAAAUAG